CAUUACUUUACUGAUGUUCCUGCCUGCAGAUAUGACACAUCAAUAUGCUCAACAGUUUUUAUUUUUAUUUUAUUUAAUAUUUUUUGAAAAAGGGUUUUCAUUAAUCAUUUUUUUUUGGUUUUCUGAUACAAGGAAAUAAAUAAACAACAAAAACCCAACAGGAACCCAAAUGGGCCUGAUAAACAACAAAGCCCCCUAUUUUAUUUAAUAUUUUCACUUUUUUUUUCUUGAAGAUCAAUCAAGUCUAUAAAUGCCAUCCUUCUCCUCGCACAACACAACUCACAACUCUCCAUCCUUUUCUAAAUAUAUACACACUCCAUCUUCCCUUUGUUCAUAUAUCUGCUUCAGAUGGCUGGUGUUGAGGCUGUCAUAUGAGUUUAUGACUCACGAAGCAAAAGCUCAAGUCGAUUUCUUACCGCAGGCUGAGAAGAUAGUACCAAACACAGAAGAGGAGGCGACCACCGAGACGCCUAAGGAAACUGUUCAAGCUGAUGGCUCCGAGACAGCUCCGGUUAAAGAUGAGAAACAGGUAGAAGUUCCAGUAGCUGUCGGGGAGAAGGAUGUUAAGCCGACGGCAGAGGAGGAGAAAACUGGUGAAGUGAAGACAGAAUAGACUGCUUUUUUAAAGAACAUUUCUUGUGUUUUUGUGUGUGCUGAAUCCUAUGUUUUACGAAGGUAAUGAUGAGAUUGGGAAAAUAAUAAAACACUUCAGGUGCGAGUAUGAUUAUUGUAAUGUUUAAUUAAAAUAAAUAAAUCAUGGGAUUUUGUUUUGUA